GAUUUCUAGCCAUUUGGUCGAUUGUUUAUACGUCAAUAGUGCUGCUGCUGAACAAAAAUCCGAAAUUAUUGAAUAUCUUUCCUCUUACUGUGUGUCAGGGUUUACGUUGCCUUUUGUCGUACUUUCGAUUCGAUUUCUAUUAUCGUUCAUAAACGUACGAUAACCAGCACGGCACAAAUUAAAACAGCGGCAUAAAUCGUUUGAAGUUUUGGAUUAAAGUUCAGUGACCAAAGAAAAAAGAUGUCUGAGAGUAGCAAAAAAUCGGAACAGACGGAAAGCAACGACAAAGAAUUAGACGAAUUGCUCGAUAGUGCUUUGGAAGAUUUCAGCAAACACAAAGAGGGCAAUAGCAAUACAAGCAGCAGUGAAGCUGGAGCACAACAGCAUGAAGAUCCUCCCACGGAACAACUAUGGAAUGACGAGUUUAUCAGUUUGCAGGGUAAAAUGUUUGAAGAGAAAAUGGCUGCGUUGUUUGGAGGAGGUUCCGAAUCGGUAGAUGCAGAACAAAUAACAUUAGGAUUUCAGAGAAUUGCAGAAGCCGCUGCAAUGGCAGUGCGUUCCGAUUCGUCUACUAUUCCAGUAGAUUCCGUAGAUCCGUCAAUAAGCCAAAGCAUAACAGAUGCACUGCGUGGUUUGAGCGAAGGCCGAGAAAACCUUCAAACUCCGUUUUCUCCAGAAGAUAUUGCUGGAAUGUUCGGCAACAUAGAUUUGAACGAGAGUGGAGAAAAUAAUGCCUUUCUGCCUUUCAUGCAGAACAUGAUGCAGAGUUUGUUAUCAGCGGAUGUUUUGUUGCCUAGUCUAAAGGAUCUUACUGAGAAGUAUCCUGCUUGGUUACAAGAAAACGGAGAAAAAGUACCCAAAGAGGACAAGGAACGUUAUGAGAAACAACUAAAGCUCAUGGAGGAUGUGUGUCGUGAAUUGGAAAAGGAGAAAUCUGACGAUGCGGCAGAUGUAAAACGAGUACGAUUCCAAAAAGUGCUUGAUAUGAUGCAGAGUAUGCAGGAUUUAGGACAACCACCAGCUGAUCUCGUUGGAGACUUAGGUCCCGGUAAUUUGAAUCUUCCGACAAUCGAUCCGACUGCCUUCAGCGAUCCAAAUCAGUGCGCUACGAGUUAGUUGCUUUAUUUUAAUAGUAGACGGGUUGGGAUUAUAAUAAUCGUUUAUCGUAAGCUGGAGCGCAUGUGACUACACUUUUAUCAAUUUGGAGAAACCAUGGCUUCAUUGGUGGGAUACAUACCGUUUAAAUUUUUUUUCAUUGUUCGCUGAAAGCGAAAUUGAACGCUAAAGAAUUACAUGAAAACGUUACGGUGUAAUUAUUUUGCAUAAGGGAAAGUUUACUUUUUAGACAAACUAAUUCAAUAAAAUUGUGGCUUUAGAUGAACGCUGUUUAAAAAAUCCUUAAUAAAACGAAUUUUUGAAGUAGUAUUUAAUAAGACUGCAAAUUCUAUAAA